GCGGUGUACUUCCUUAUUUUUCUGUAAAGAAGCAUUUCGCCUUCCAUACCACAAUUUUAGAAGUUGAGGAUAGGAAACAUAUGGCGGAAUAAUAUAUAUCAUCGCAUAAAGUCAUAAAGCUUAUCAACCAGCAUCGUGAUGAUGGAGAAGAUAAUUAAGGAUGUUGGUGAUAUUCAGUCCAGACUGAUUGAUCACAGGCCGGUCCUGCAGGGAGAAAUCAGAUACUUCAUUAGAGAGUUUGAGGAGAAACGUGCUUUCAGAGAAUGCCGCUUGCUUGAAAAUCUGAAUAAGAUGACGUCAGACACCAAUGAGCAUGAUUUGCCACGCUGCACAGAGAGUAUGCACGAGAAACUGUGUGACGCUCUCACAAGACUAGAAGCAGCAAAUCAUAUGGCUCAGAGGAUCCAGCAGAGGGAGCUAGAGGCUGAACAGAGCACACAUCUGCAGGUGUGUGCAGAGAUGCGGAAGCGGGACUGGGAAGAGUUCCAGAAAGAGCAGUGCCGUCUGAAGGAGCAGGUGGAUGAGGAGCAUGCUAAAGCUGUAGGCAGACUCAGUGCUCAGUAUGACGAAAUGAAGAAAGACCUGGCCAAACACAGCAGCUUCUGAACUUUCCCCUGUGAAAGUUGUUAAAUAUAUAUUUAGUUUUAAAUUGAAACUAAAUAAUAAUUUUGAAUGAUGUGUGAAUAUUAUUUAUUUUAAUGUUCCUUUUGUGCUGCAUUAUUGUUAAAGUCAUAAUAAUCCAUUUUUUUUAUUUUUUUGCAUUGAAGCCUCUAACAUCUUGUUCAGGUUAAAUAUAAACUCCAAAUUUGAGUCUUUGAGUGUGAGUCUUGCAUUCAUGAGAUCUGUCAGUGCCUAUAAAAGCAUCCAUCAUGCCACAUAUUUGCCUCAAAUCCCUUAGUUUAAAUCUAAUCAUAGGUAUUUCCACAUCAGACAGGAACUGUUAAUAUGUGACCAUUUUUUUCCUACAUGUGUUUGUAAAAUAUCCCACAUUAAACAUGUCUGAAUGUGUUUAAGACCAUCUGCACCUGCUUUAGAUUGAGAGAGAUCUUAGCCAGAAAUCUAUCCUCUCUCCUCACAUGUCCCUGUGUUUUCCACACAAUAGUAAAGGUCAUACGGCACAUUCAAUCUGAGCUACGUUUGACACGGGCGGAGCAUUUGAGUUGUCAAUUCUUCAGCCAUAGCGUGUCUUCUGCAUUUGUGCAGUUAAUGUUAGGAUAACAAAUUGACUAUCUGAUAAAAAAUGGAAAGUGAAAGUGAAAGUGGUAUGAAAAA